AUGUGGUUUCAGAGUGAGUUCUCAAGCACUGAUGAUGCAAAAACAGGUGGCAAAGAGACAGACAAGCAGAUAUCCAAGCUGCUAAACUUAUCUGAGGUCUUUGUUGCCAUUCUCAGAGCCCAUGGAUUGCUGACAAGGCUUGUGUAUUCUUUGCAGCCUAUCUCAGCAAAAGGUGAUGCCGAGAAUAAAACAAGUCCAAAAACUACAAAGAAGACUCCCAAAGGAAGUAAAACAGCACUAAAAGGCACUCUUGAGGGCCAUGCAAAGAAUUCAGCACAAGCUAAGAAGCAGAAGGAUACCAUUAAACCAGAGGGCAUCAAAACAGAAACUGAAUCUGAUCCACCAGCAACUAAAUCAAAAGAUGGCUCUCAUAGUGGUAAAUUAAAGAAGGAACAGACAGAAAAAACUUUGAAAAAGAAGAGUGAGAAGUUAUUAAAUAACACAAAGAGUGCUACAAAGAACCCGAAAAAUAAUAGUAAAGCCAGUAAGGCUGAGUCGGAAGACAAGAAUAAUACAAAAGACAUAGCACUGAAGCAAAAUAAUAGGAAAAGACCAUUACGCAAAAGAAAGAAGGUAGACUACUCCUCUUGUGGGAAUGAGAGUGGAAGUGAAGCAGAUGAGGAAUGGAAUGAAAAACUGACAAGUGAAAGUGAGGAGUCAGAAGACUUGAACAACUCUAGGGAGAACUCUAAGAAGAAAGACAAAACUCCUUUGGUGAGGAGAAGAGUGCCUUCUGCAGACAAUGGUGGUGGCACACCAAAUGAAGGGAGUGGGACCUCAUUUGUUGAUCUUGUGGAUGAUGAUAGUGAUUUUGAAGUCUCAAGCAAGCCAUUGGUGAAAAGAAGAGUAUCUGCAGGUUCAUCAGGAAGCAAGAAAAAGGCCAUGAAGAUUAUUAGCUCUGAUGAUUCAGAUGAAAGUCUCAAAUGUCUUGGAAGUGUUUGUAAUGAAAAUGAUAUUAAUUGGUGGACAGAAGUGUAUUUGCCUGUCGACAAAAAAUGGAUAUGUGUCCACCUUGAAUCUUCCAGCGUCAAUCAUCCCGAGCUCUGUGAAAAACAGGCAACCCAACCUAUGGUUUAUGUUGUCUCAUUUGAUAACAAAAAUGCUAUCAAAGAUGUUACCAAUAGAUAUGCUUCUUCCUGGAUGUCUAAGACCAGGAAACUUCGCAUUGAUUCAGAUUGGUGGGAUGACACCCUUCAGCCUUACAAAUCAAGAAAUAAGAAAAUGGAUCAAAUGGAAGAUUCACUCCUUGAAGAUCAGCUACUUGAGAAACCUUUGCCUACCAGCAUAACUGAGUUUAAAAACCAUCCACUAUAUGUGCUAAAGAGGCAUGUCUUGAAAUUUGAAGCCAUAUACCCAGAAACUGCAGCCAUUUUAGGUUACUGUCGUGGUGAGGCAGUGUACUCAAGAGAAUGUCUUCAUAUGCUGCACACAAGGGAAAAGUGGUUGAAUGAGGCUUUAGUUGUCAAGGGAAAAGUACCAAGGAAUGAGUAUGGCAAUGUAGAGUUGUUCCUGCCUUGUAUGCUUCCUCCAGGAACAAAACAUAUUCAAAUUAAUGGAAUCCAACGAGUUGCAAAGAAACUUGGCAUUGAUUGCGCCGGAGCUGUGGUUGGAUUUGAUUUUCAUUGUGGCUUCAGCCAUCCAGUCAUUGAUGGUGUCGUGGUUUGUGAGGAGUUUGAGCAAGUGCUGCUGGACGCGUGGCAAGAAGAAGAGGAACAAGCCGAGAAGAAGAAGGCAGAGAAGCGUGAAAAACGCAUGUUGGCCAAUUGGAGGCUUUUAACCAGAUCGCUUUUAAUAAGAGAGCGACUCAAGAAAAGAUACGAUACCGAGGAGACCAGCAAUGCAGAAGCUUCAAGCAGUGCCAAUGGAAAUGACGAUGUAGUAACAGACACUUCAGUUUCAUGGCCUCUUAACAGACAAGGUAGCGUUAUGUUGAUUCAGUGUUAGGAGUAUUUGUAUACACCAUUAGUAAAUGGCUAAUUGUGACCAGAAUGCUCAAUCGUCAACUAAAAUGCUGGUCGUUCAUAACUUUGACAACAGCUUCCUCUGUAUAGCAUACUUAUUUUACAAGCAUGCGUUAAGUUUCCUAAGGAACUUGCCGGAAACACCCAGAAAAGUAGUGCCCCUCGAUCACUUCUGCACGCAGGGUGAAAACAGAGCGAGCAGUAGAAGUCGGGUCUGUUGUCUAUACAGCCACAGCUUGGGGUACUUCUACUCCCUGGAUGGGAUGCUAGUCCAUCGUAGGGUUACCCCCUAGCAACGAAUACCCCAGUACCCAUUUAUACGU